GUGCGGUAGAUAUCUAUCUCUUUAGGCAAUGCACGGGUUAUUGGCUCGUGCCGGUUUCACUUAAGCUGUUUACCAAUCAGGUUAAGUUUCCUCGUAACCUGCAUACAUAAUGCAAAAUGAACCCAGUGUCUAAUCACCUGUUACUUCUGUCACUUUUUUCAUAAUCCUCGCCGGGUGCUUUCCGCCAAAUCACACGCUAGCGUUAGCGAACCUGACGAUGUAGAAAAUCAUGACCACUGUGUCGGACCUAGAACCCGAUAUUUUGAGUCACGGAGCGAAAAUCGCCAGAAAGUCGGUGGAUAAAUGGCGACGAUUAAAACAUCGCCGUGCUGCCAAAUGCGCCGAGAAUCACAAAUUUGCCAACGUUGGAGACUCGCUCGAUGUUAUGCACAAAGGUACGCUGAUAAUCAAACUUCGCAGCUCAUCCAAGAAAUAUUCUAGGAAAUAUUUCCUCGAUCAAGAGGCUGUAAACGUCCGCUGGACUCCGUCCAAGAAAGGAGACCGUGCAAAGAUCCCAAUAACAUCUAUAAGAGAAGUGCGAAUGGGAUAUACCACAGAUGCUUUCACUCAAUGUCCCGAAGUAUACGCAGAGGAUCGAUGUUUUUCUAUCAUUCACGGGGACGACUUUUCGACUUUGGACUUGGUAUUUCCAACUCAGGAAGAGUCUCUUCAUUGGACCGUGGGACUCCGUUACUUAUUGGCUAAAAAUUCAGCUGAGGAUGAACCACUUCGUCGUCAAACCUCGAGGGAUCAAUGGUUAAAGGAAAUGUUUCUCUUAGCUGACAAAAGUGGCGAUGGACUGCUCAGCGUGGAUGAAGUCUUUUCCUUGAUGCACAAACUCAAUGUCAAAAUAACAAACAGGAAAUUAAGAGAAGCUUUUAAGGCUGCCGACACUGAUGAUCAAGACUCUGAGGGUCUGUUGGAUUUUAAUGAAUUUAUCAACUUUUACAAAAGCAUAUCUACAAGGAGAGAACUUUAUCUUCUAUUACUGAAAUAUGGGAAUAGUAAAGAGCACAUGACAGUGGCCGAGCUUAAAAUGUUUCUAAAAACAGAACAGAAGAUGACCGAUGUAACAGUUGAGCACUGCUGUCAAAUCAUCCAAACCUACGAGCCUGUGCAAGAAAACAGAAGUGUCGGCAUUCUUGGAAUUGACGGGUUCACCAGUUAUCUGCUGGGCCCAGAAGGUGACAUGCUUAAUUCACUGCAUUCCAAAGUCAACCAAGAUAUGACGAGACCUUUGUCUCACUAUUUUAUUGCUUCCUCGCAUAACACUUACCUUCUUGGAGAUCAGCUGACAUCAAAUUCAAGUAUGGACAUGUACGUGAGAGUUCUGCAGUCGGGUUGCCGGUGUAUUGAGAUUGAUUGCUGGGACGGAAAAGACGGGGAACCAGUGGUUUAUCAUGGUUACACGAUGACAUCUAAAGUCAAAUUUCGUUACAUCAUUCUCAAUAUCAACGACUUUGCCUUCCUUAACAACAAAUAUCCAGUUAUUCUUUCGCUUGAGAAUCAUUGCAGCGUAAGCCAACAAAAAGUUAUGGCGAAGCUUCUACGAGACAUUUUUAAAGACAAAUUGAUUUAUGAAACAAGUUUUGAUGGAACCGAUUUACCUUCACCGCAGAGUUUGAUGGGUAAAGUUUUAAUUAAGGCCAAAAAAUUGCCAGCGACAUUUGAGGAAGAUUUAAAUGAAGGCGAGGUUACAGAAGAAGAUUCCGCUGACGAGAUGGAGGAAUGCUUUAAGUGCAAAAGUAGUGAGAAUCCACUAGAACAGAAAGCAAAAGAGCGCAAAUGGCGUCGCACCUUGGCUUCCUUACAACGACUCCGUUUAAACAAAGAAGACGAGGAGAGUGACGCCCGUGGUGAUCUUAGUUCAGCAAUUGUUACGUCUGUGGCUUUGGAAGAACCAGGCCAAACAGAGGCUUCAAAGACUGUGCCAAAGUUGCAACGUUCACUCUCUGCAAAGUAUAUCACCCAUCAGCAUCCUCAACCAGCUGAGAUAAGGAAAGUGAAAAGCUUCAGUGAGAAAGAUAAGAAAAUAAAACGACGAAGUAAAAAGAGAAAAACAUCGAAGAACGAAGAUGACUGUAAAAGAACGAUCGAGCUCAGCAGACAACUUUCCGACCUUGUUGCGUACACGAGGUCAACUGCCUUCAAAGGACUGGAUCUCAACGAAAAUGAAACAUUUUGGGAAGUCAUCUCUGUGCCCGAGUCUAAAGCCUACAGAUAUGUUGACACCAAAGGCGAAGAGUUCGUGAGAUACACAAGAUAUAAACUUUGCCGAAUAUACCCGGCAGGCUACAGAAUUGACUCCAGCAAUCCAAAUCCUCAGGCGUUCUGGAAUUGUGGCUGUCAGCUCGUUGCACUGAAUUAUCAAACAGAAGGACGUAUGAUGCAAAUAUACAGAGGGAAAUUCAAGUCCAAUGGAAAUUGUGGUUAUGUUUUGAAGCCAGAUGUCAUGUGCGAAGCUGAUCCAAAGUUUGAUCCGAUGACCAGAAAAGAGAUUAGAGGGGUCAGUAGGAAGCUAUGCAAGAUAAAGGUUAUCAGUGGUCAGCAGUUACCCAAACCAAAAGAUAGCAUACUGGGCGACCGUGGCGAGAUCAUUGAUCCGUACGUGGAAAUAGAGGUGAUAGGGAUCCCAGCUGACAACUGCAAAAGGCGCACGAAAACAGUGAUGGACAACGGCUUCAAUCCAGUUUGGGACGAGACUAUUAUUUUUAUUCUUACUUUUCCGGAUCUGGCAAAUUUCCGAUUUGUUGUGUGGGAUGAAGAUCCUAUUGGUAGAGACUUCAUCGGCCAAGUUACGUUUCCAUUCACAAGCCUCAUGCCAGGUUUCAGACAUGUCCAUCUUGAAGGAAACCAACAGGCCUCUAUUUUUGUUCACGUUACAUUUGCGGAUUACCACGGUGAAAAGGUAAUGGCUGGGUUGGAAAUGUACAAUCAAGAAAGAAGAUAUUCAGGAGGAGUGAAAUUUAAGAAAAGACAGCGAAGGGACACCACUUUGUUCUAGGAUGAAUGUGACCGAAGACACUACAGAAAACAUUGUCGACCAUGUGCAUACGCGACUUGGUGGCAUAAACUCAUGGCCAGGAUCGAUGUCUAAGCUCUAAGUUAAUUAUGAACGAUGACUCACGUGGCAUAUAACGUGGUGUCUUGAAAAUAUAAAUAUGUACAUACAGUUUACAAAUAUUUUAAUAAUCAUAGUAAAGGUAUUCACUUGACCCAUUUGCAUAGAGAAUACGCGAAAACCUCACUUAUAAACUGUUGAAAAAAAUCGACAAGAUCUCAUGCAUUCUCCGAGUUGAAUGCGACGGAAAACUCAGCAGGAGACCGGGUCUUUUUAACUGGUCGAAUGCUUUAUUGAAACUACUUGACAGUUUCUAAAAGUAAGAGGAUCAUUUUAGAAAGCAAACAUACAGGAAAUUCGUUAUUGUAAAAUAGACGAAGCAAUAAUUUCGAAGAAAAAAAAUAAUAAAAAACUAUCAUAAUGCUUAAUGCGUUUGGCAUUUGUGGCUCGAGUAUAAGGGAAUCCUUGUUUACAAUAUUUGAUUCAUUAGCAUAAGCAAUUCAGUGUCUGAUGGAGCUACAAAUAAAAUAGUUCUGAAUAUUGAAAGGCAAUAGUGCGAUUAAACCUGCCAAUAAAAAUGAGCCUGAUGUAUUAAAUACUUUCUGUGCAACACGGGCUUAAAAACUCAAAAUUUUACAGAGAAUGUAUAAGUUCAUUAGCGCUUAUACCACCCAGAUAUUUUGCAGUUUUUGAAAGACAAUAUCUCCUUGAAUAGUACUCCCAAUGAGCUAAAUUUUCACCAGGUAUUAAAUUUCACUAGCUCUUUAGCUGCCUGGGGUCAAUUUAUAUCUAACAUGUUUCCUUCUGUACGCAAGCCGAAUGCAAAUGAGCAAAAAUGUAAACAAUGACGUCAGCAUGAAUCCCCCUAUACGAUAAUAUCUCAGAACUAUUCAGAUCCGCCUUUUCUUCCUGAUAUCCUAUACGACCGGAGAGGAAGAAUCCGUCACCCUUCUUUAUCUUCAAAAUUUAUUUAAUUAAGCAAUGAUAAUGAAGCUUAAAAGAAGUAUAUAGAAAACUCUACGUUUAUUGCCAUUCAGAAAUCAAUCUAAGUGUAAGAAAUAUAUAUAAAAGAUGUAAUUUUCGAGAUGGAAGCCAUAUCAAUACAGUGGGACCUUGACAUGACGAAGGACCAAAGGAUCGGCAACAUUCGUUCGCUAUAAAGAGGUUUCGUUAUUCGGGGCUCAAUAAAUAUUGUUCGUUAUUCCUAGGACCUCGUUAUUUAGAGCUUUCUUAAUUAAGAGGAUCCAAUGUACCACUACCUAAGUUUGGGAGGGUAUUACCCUCUAUUUGUUUCCUCUUAACCUGCAGCAAAGGCUGGUUAUCACGUGUCAUUUUCGAAAGUUGAAGGAGCCCAACAAUCAUGCGGCAUCUGUUUU